CUGCCUCCAAGGGGGCGGGUAUCUCAACAUAGAAGGCUUAAAUAAGGAUUCCUACAUGAUGACCGUACCAUGUAUUGUAUACCAGGCGACAUACAGCUACCAAAGACUUCGCAACAGCAGAGGAGCUAAGAAUGAAGGGACUCCAUGGAGGUACAGCCACUGCCUUGGCCCUGUUGCUUUCUGCUUCUUUCAUCUCUGAUUCCUGGAGUGCUCCCCAGAGUCAUUUCCAAAGAAGAAACUGGACUCCUCAGGCAAUGCUCUAUUUAAAGGGUGCACAGGGUCGUCGAUUCAUCUCAGAGGAAAGCCAGAGGAAGGAUCUGUAUGAUAGGCUGCAGCUGGAAACACGCAGUCAAAAUACGAACCCUCUAACCCUUUCUGAAGCUGCUGCAUUGUUUCUGUCUGCUCUUCGGAAAGCACAAGAAGAAGAUGAAGACGACACAGACGAGAAACCCGGAUAUGUUGCUGAUGGCCUAGUGAACUGGUGAAAAUGUUUCAAAACUAGAUGGGAAAUGCCUUGUGCCGUAUAAGUAGAACUAAAAGACGCUCUGUGCAAGAAAAACUUCGCUCCUUCUUAUUCAUCUGUUGAGCCUUCCUGCCUCAGUUACCCACUAUGUCUUCUUAACAUGCAUUGACCUGCAGAUGAAUGCAAAAAUAAUUAAAGGCCAAUG